AUGCUUAGCAUCACACGGUGCAUUCGGGGCUCGUUUAUACUCAAUGCACGCGUUGUCCCGGAUUGGUGGCAGCCGUUUCAUCGUGAGGAGCGGCAUCGUACCGCUGUGGCUCGUAUAGCGCAUCUCCGCUCAUCCACAGCCGACGGCGCUGCGGUCACCCGUGAGUCUGAGAGGGAAGCAGUACCCAUCACGCUGCAAGAAGCGAACGAACUCGUUGACACAUAUACACGUAACCAUAAUGCAGAGGAUCUCAGUUUGGUCCUUCAACACAUCCGGGAAACACUACAAGAGUCGCUUGAUAGUUUUCACUACCAAUCACUCUUCCGCGUGUUUAACUACACACGGGAUAAGGACAACGUCGAGCAGUUGCUCCUUAUGAUGGUGCAGCGCGGUGAAGUCGAUGCUGCCGUGUUUGCGCGUAUCAUUGACACAUUUCACUGUCUGAGCCCCGUUAAUGUCCUCAGUAGUAUUCUUCGCGUGUUUGCGGCAGCACAAGAUGCGUUAGGUAACGAGAUAUGUGGUGCGGAUGGUUGUCCACUGCUCACAUCUGUACUCCACCAUGUGGCUAAUAGCAGCGACUACCCACCCACUGCAUCCCUACUUGUGGUGGUGUGGAUGCGCGCGUUAGGCGUGCAGCUCUGUGACUGGGACUACGUGCACAUUUUUGCCGUACUUCUUUCGCAUGCAGAUGCGUUUCCGCGGGUACGGAGUACAAUAGCGGUGUUUAAUGACUUCCCUCGCGGUGAGGUCAGCCCACAGGCACUAUUUCAGCGCCUGGAGGACCGCGGGGAACUGUCGCCAGCUUCUGGGCCGUUGAGUCUUCUUGUGGAGGCCAUGCGUUCCUCGCUUCAGUUAGCUGGGGUGCCCCUGGAGACGCCUGUGAAAACUUGUGUGGUAAACACAAGAACGGCGGGUCUCUCCGCGAUAAUUGAGUUCGUUGUGGAUGAUAUGGCAUCCGCGGCGGCUGAGGGGAAACUUAUGGGCAAUCUGCUUCAUUGUUACCAUGCACUUGCCUUGCUACAAAGCACGCUAAGAAAUAAUACAGCUGCUGUGGAAACUCUGCACCGUGUUGCUCGUGAGGUGAAACGUCGGGAGUCCACACUCGAAAAGGGGACCGAUCAUGCUUCACUGGCGGCAAGUAGUGAAUGCGUUCAUCAUCAUUAUCUUAUCGAUAUGGGAACACUGCUGCAACGUGUAAGUGCCCAUACUUUGCAGGGAGUCCGUGUAGACUAUGCCAAAUCAGCGCAAAGUGCAAGUUCUGAUGUUUCACAGAAUGACAUUGUGGCGGCGGAGAGUUAUGCCAUAGUGUUUGUGCGGAGCAACGAUGAGGCGAGGGAAGCACUGCGUCAAGUAACUGAGAGUGUUGAUCUCACACAUCAUCGAACACGGCUCCAAACGAAGCUCAUGUUUCGCCGCUUUGUGGAACUUUGUGCGCGGCACCCCAAAAAAAAUUGUAAGAUGACCCCCACAGGUCUUGAAGAGCGACGGAAGUGGGGUCGGUAUUUGGACGCACGUGACACUUCUCUGGCUCUCUUUGGUUCAGCCAAGCAGGCACGUGAUUCGAUGAAGCAUCUCUUUUAUAACGACAACAAGAUGCCAGAGCUCCGUAGCCCGGCAAUAAUUGAGAGAGACAUGAAUGAUACGGCAGCCUUAUUCAAAUGGAAGCGCGCACCCACUGUCGCGUCACUGCGCCAACGUACAUCAGUUCCUCAUGUCCAAUGCUCAUCGCAUGCUGUGCCGCGUCACCUUUGGGAUCCCAAUGUCUAUAACCCCUAUCCGCACGUUAUGCUUUCUAUUAGCCCUAUGGAAGAAGAGCGCAUCACUGAUGAUAUUUUCCAAGAACUGUGGCGUGUCCUAAUGAACCCUUCUCUCGUUGGGACGGACCAGUGGUAUUUGCGGGAUGCAGAAAUGUAUUUGUUGCUGAUGCGUUGUCUUAUUCACCGCCUUGACUGGGAAGCCGCUGCCCACCUCACUAUCAAAACUAUGGAGAGUCUCACUUAUACAUACAUGAUGGACCAUGAGGUAACGCUUAUGUUCAAGGAGAUUGGGGAUCCUGCGGGUUGCUUGGCUUUCAAAGUUGCAACAAAGUUAUUUGACGGGCGUAUUCUUAAGGAUGGACAGAGCAAACGCGAAAAAUUCCACCAGGAACAGUUUGGUGAAUUGUGA